AUGAACGUGGAUUAUGUUACUCCUUUCAUCGUGUUUGGACCCUGGAUCAUUGGAAUAGUGAAAAAGUUUCUUUUCUAAAAUGUUUAAAUGUGAAACAUAUAUUUCAAACCAAAGAACUGAUACAUUGGUGUCAUCCCUCGCAGAUAUACGCGGUCAUAUUUUUUACCCUUUUUGCUUUCUGUAGUUCCGUCAGAGGCGCUAGGAGACUCGAUUUGUGAAAUGGAACAGAAUCAUUUACAACACUGUCUCAUAACUACAAUUAUCUGCAUUGGUGGUGUCGAGUGUACUUUGCUUGAAGGCGUUGUAAACUUGUAAUUUAUGUAACAUAUUAGAUUUGUAAAAAAUUAUUUUGUAAUGCAGCCAAAUCUAUGACCAUGUCGAACAACACCGUUAUGGGACCCGCUUUACCACCAGGGAGGCAAAACGACAAAAAUAAUGAAUCCGAUGAAGACGACACAAUUAUAGGUCCAGCGCUACCCCCACUUUAUAAACCAUCCAGGUCCCCCAGUUCUUCGGAAGACGGCGAUCAAGAGAUCGUGUUUAAAAGGGCCAAAUACUCUGGAUCAGAUAAUGGUCUACCCUCAAACAAGUCUGGCAGUCUUGAUGAAGCGCCCAGGAAGGUUGAUGCAGUAGAUGAGGACGAUGGUUUCUUUGGGCCAGUACUGCCUCCGGGAUAUAAAAAGCAAGACAGUUCACCAGAAAGGCAACCCGUACUCGGACCCGCACUGCCUCCGGGCUUUAAAAAACAGGAUCAUGAGGAGGAGGAGGAGGACAGAGAAAAGGGGGUCAUAGGGCCGGCGCUGCCUCCAGGCUACAAAGCAGAAUCUUCCAGCAGUGAAGGUGAGGAGGAUGCGAUCGGGCCCAUGCCAUCGAAAGGUGCAUUGCAGUGCUCUGUAGCACUGGACUUUGAAAGAAGGGCACAGAGGAUGAAAGACAAGCUGAUGGGCCUAGACGAGGAACCCGAAAAGCUGGAGAGAGAGAGCUGGAUGAUGGAGCUGCCCCCUGAGCUGCAGCAUGUGGGCCUGGCCCCACGCACCUUCAAGAAGAGGGCAGGGCCUGAGGACAAGGACCGCUCCAUCUGGACGGACACGCCUGCAGACCGUGAACGGAAGGCCCGGGAGCGACAAGAGGCUAAAGAGAGGGGUGAGCCAGCAAAAGCUGACGGCCCUCGUCUCUCCCGGAAAGAUCUAGAAAUGGCCGAGAAGGUGUCAAAGUACAACGAUUCGAAGAGAGGCGAGUCUCUCAUGAGCAUACAUGCUAAGAAAAUGAAGAAGAAAGCUGAGGAAGACUCCUCAAAGCCUGUGGAGAGAAGGCCCUUUGACAGGGACGCUGACUGCAGGUCAACCCGAUUUGACGAGGCCCAGAAGAAAGCCUUGCUGAAGAAGUCCCAAGAGCUGAACACGCGGUUCUCUCACAGCAAGGAUCGAAUGUUCCUCUGAGGAGAGCUCACCACAGAAGACAUGCUGCAGGGAUUGCUUGAAACGUCAGUCAAACUUUGCUAGCUAAUGUGGCUAAGUGUCAGUGAAAGUUAGCCACAUUAGCUUUGAUUCACUGUUAAUCAUGUAAGCAUUUUUUAUUCUGCUUCUGUAGACACAGCAAAUUAUUUGAUUCUUGGGUUGGGAAGAUGACACUGGUUUCUAUUUAAGUUAGUUCCAACUUAAACUCAACAAAAUAGAAAUUAAAACAAUAGAUUGAACCAGUUAAGUUGCUGAACCUAUAAGCCACAUGAACUGUAAAAUACCUUUCUAAAUAGCAAAUGAUGUGAAUAUCAUUUUACUGUUUCCAUUUGUCAAAUAUUGAACAGUGCAGUUUUCCUAAAUAUUAAAUGCUGCACAGGUGCAGAAGGUGACUGAUCAGCAAAUAUCCCAAUAACAGUUUAAAGGUGUACAGGAAUAUUUACUAUGUUUUGGAAAAGUUGGGUGACUUGUAGUAUUUUGUAGUAUAUACGAUUCUAAAUAGUCAUUUGCAUUCAUUUCAGUAUGCCGUUGUUUUUCAUGCUUUGUAUAUUGUCAACCAUAGACUUGAAAUAAACUAAAUGUUCAUGGAGGUUUGCGUCAGAUUGUUUCCCCUGAAACUCUUGCAUUCUGUGAUGUAUUAAGAAACAUUAAUAAAGUGAAGUUUUGAACUAAA